UUUAACGAUCGAGUACCAGGAAAGAUGGCCGCGCCCAUGGAGAGAAUUUGAUUUCACGGAUUUGGUUUCAAACAUCAGUUCAUCUGUAAAAACUCGACUGUAGAAGUGUAGGCCUACUGUGUAGUAGUGUGGCAAACAUUUCUUCUUAGGCCCAGCCAGCCAGUUACGAUGCGUUUAUCAAAUCUGCAUCUCCUGCUGAUCUGCGUUGUUAGUGAAUUCUUAGGAGUUAACAUCUUUCUGAAGGGAUUCUUUCCUGUAAAGAAGGCAGUUGAGGGCUACGCAACAUUCCACUACUUGCCUAACGAGCCUUAUGGAAGUGCAACAACUGAUGAAGGAUUUGCAAGUGACAAUGAACCUGACAUUGGCAUUGCACCUGUCAGACCAGUAUUUGGUCGCCUCGUGGUUGUGCUGAUUGAUGCACUGAGAGCAGACUUUGUCUUCGGAGAGCGUAAUCAUGAUCACAUGCCUUACACAAGGGCGCUACUCAGUAGAGGUGCUACAAGAAGCUUCCUAGCUAGAGCACAUCCUCCAACAGUCACCAUGCCUAGAAUCAAGGCUCUGACAUCGGGGACAAUUCCAGGUUUCAUCGACAUCGUCUUAAACUUUGACUCGGUAGCCUUGGCUGAGGAUAAUCUCAUCUCACAGAUGCAUCGUCAAGGGAGACAGCUCUUCUUCUAUGGUGAUGAUACCUGGAUGAAACUCUUCCCAGGCCAUUUUGCUGAUGCUGACGGAACUACAUCAUUCUUUGUCACUGACUAUACCGAGGUUGACAACAAUGUGACAAGACAUGUCAGACCAGCCUUGUCCAAUCCCCACUGGGAUGCUCUGAUCCUACAUUAUCUAGGCCUGGACCACAUUGGGCAUCUAGGAGGACCAACCAGCCCAUUAGUCCACCCAAAACUUCAAGAAAUGGAUGCAAUAAUUCAGACCAUUCAUGAAGCAGUCACUGAGCAGGAUAAAUCAUUGGUGCUCCCUACUCUGAUCAUGCUUUGCGGUGACCAUGGCAUGAGUGAUGCAGGAAGCCACGGUGGAGCAUCCAACAGCGAAACCAUCACACCCAUUGUGUUUAUAAGCUCCGCCUUCAAACAGGUCGAAGGUGCGGUUAGACCACAUCCAGAUGAGGUAUAUCAGAUUGAUGUUGCCCCAACCCUGUCCCUUCUGAUGGGAUUGCCCGUUCCCCAGAAUAGCUUGGGUGUGGCCAUCCCUAUGAUGCUUGAAGAUAACCUCUCUGCUCGUCAACACCUGAGGGCGCUUCAGCUGAACAGCCACCAACUGAGCCAGGUGUUGAAGCAGAAUGUGGAUUCAUUUGAAACAGAUGAGGGUUACGUGGCCUAUCAGCGUGCUGUGCGUUUCCAUUCAACAUGGCUGUCCCAUACUGCUACUAGCUCCAGCAUCGAUUCACAGGUCAUAUCAAGGAAAGCUAUGAUGCAGUAUAUCAAGUCAAUGAGAUUGAUGACAGAUAAGGUAGCUUCAUCACUGGCUAGAUAUGAUCUCCAUGCUAUGGGAAUUGGAUUGGUGUUGAUGUGGCUGGUUCUGUGCCUACUUGGCUAUGGCAUUUCAUCGCUCACUAGCCCUACUGAUGUGACCUCUGACCUCAAGCUAUCAAUCCUACUUUUGAGUGGCUGUUGCUUAGCAACAGGCAUUACCCAUGUUACUUUGUGUACUGCAUCAGGCGGGGCAACCAGUGAGAUGCUGUGUGCACCUUCGGAUGAGGCUAGGGUGUGGUCAGUCAUGUUGGUACUCUUGAGUGGAUCCCUAGCAGCUAUUUUACUGUCAGCAUUGACACAAGUUGGCAGGCUUCAGCAGUUUUUCUUGAGCUUCAGCCAUAUUUCUAGGUUUGAGACAUUUGUCCUGGUAGGAACAAUAUCCCACACCCUGAGCCUUGCUUCAAGUAGCUUUGUGGAGGAGGAACACCAAACCUGGUACUUCCUGACUCUCACUGUAACCCUGGCAACCUUCAUCCAUGCAACAGCUUCUGUGAUUGGUCAUUCCAGUGACAAGAUGGCCACUAAGGUUGCCAUUGCAACUGCUACAGCACUCGUCAUUAGUAGGUUGCUAAGGGCGUGGAAUCAGACAGGAAUAAAGUGGGCGGACCAACCAGAUAUAGGAGACUGGUUUGUCAGACCAGAAAAUAAAGUCAGCCUAUCCUUUGUGACUGCUCUGUCGUUUGUUAUCAUCUACAUCACUCGCUGUUUCAUGAGACCCAACUACAAGUUACUAGCUGCACUGUUCGGUGCUUAUCUCUAUCGCUAUGCAACAGGAUCUCUUAAUUUACCUAUACCUUUCCCGUCAUCACAAAAAGGAAUCCAUGAAGCAUGGGUUGUCUACUCUCUGGUUUUCAUCUCACUUACACAUUUUGUCAUGAGGUACACCAGAUGUCUGUACAGCCUACGAAGCAUGUCGAAAGGAGAAUGCAUAAAUGGACCUGAAAGUGAUUUGCUAACCACCAAACCAAAGAACCAAGUGCCACCAACCCUCGGUCACAUUUUGGAAGAACUUUGUGACAUUCACAUCAUGCUGAUGGCAUUGUUGUUAAGGCCUCACAACAGCUGCAUUAUUGCCAUGUCAGUCCUGCUGCAGCAUUGCAUUGUGGGUAUGGUGUUACCAUGGUUACAGAUGAGAUUGUGGGCAGUAACUCUGGUGCAUAUAUGGAUGGGACAAGCUGCGUUUUUUGCACAGGGUAAUUCCAAUAGUAUAGCCACCGUGGACAUAUCUGCUGGGUAUAUUGGUAUGAGUUCCUACAUACACGCUAUAGCAGGCCUGUUGACAGCCAUCUCGACCUACGCUGGUCCUAUACUGUGGUUAGUACGCUUACUUAUCUACAUAACUGAACAUCACCACAAUAGCUUCCUAUCUGCCAUAGAGGUCUCUUACACUCUAGCCAUUAGCCGAGCUCUACCUCUUGCUAUCUACACAGUCCUAGUCACCUUACAGCGUUAUCAUCUAUUCGUUUGGAGCGUUUUCUCACCCAAGCUGUUGUAUCAAACAAUGAACACUUGCAUUGUGAGCGGAGGGAUGAUGUUUCUACUGGUGCAUUGUGGGAUUGUGAGAUGGUCCAUGCAUGACAAACACCGAUGACAGUUUUUUGAAAUAAAUGAUAAGAGCAUUAUUAGAGACCCUUUGAGAAUUGUCCACCCAGAGAGGACUUUACUUCAGAGGUGAAUCUCUGUGACUGUUCUUACUCCUGAUAGCCUUUUGUUCAUUUAAAGCUAGACAUGGGACGGAGAGACCCCCUCUCCUCUUUUGUGUUGGUCAUUUUUUGACCAGGGGAUGUUCUGGGGGGAUGUGUUAGGUGACAAAAGUCUGGAGUGUCGACAAGAUUUAGACAUAUAGGGGGGUGCUCCUCCAUCCCAUAUCUUGCCAGGUACAACCUUCUCAAUCAACUAUUUCGUGGAUGGCAAUGUACCUUGUCACUAUGACAUAGGCGUUUAGGAUUUGAACUAAUUAAU